AUGGGGCGUAAGCGAAUCGGGCGCAAGGGAAUCGGGCGCAAGCGAAUCGAGCGCAAGGGUGUCGGGCGCAAGCGAGUCGGGCGCGCAAGCGAAUCGGGCGCAAGCGAGUCGGGCGCAAGGGAAUCGGGCGCAAGGGAAUCGGGCGCAAGCGAGUCGGGCACAAGGGAGUCGGGCGCAAGGGAAUCGGGCGCAAGCGAAUUGGGCGCAAGAGAAUCGGGCGCAAGGGAAUCGGGCGCAAGCGAAUCGGGCGCAAGGGAGUUGGACGCAAGGGAAUCGAGCGCAAGCGAAUCGGGCGCAAGGAAAUCGGGCGCAAGGGAAUCGAGCGCAAGCGAGUCGGGCGCAAGCGAGUCGGGCACAAGCGAAUCGGGCGCAAGCGAAUCGGGCGCAAGCGAAUCGGGCGCAAGGGAAUCGGGCGCAAGAGAAUCGGGCGCAAGGGAGUCGGGCGCAAGGGAGUCGGGCGCAAGGGAAUCGGGCGCAAGCGAAUCGGGCGCAAGGGAAUCGGGCGAAAGCGAAUCGGGCGCAAGCGAAUCGGGCGCAAGGGAGUCGGGCGCAAGGGAAUCGGGCGCAAGCGAAUCGGGCGCAAGCGAAUCGGGCGCAAGGGAAUCAGGCGGAAGGGAUUCGGGCGCAAGGGAAUCGGGCGCAAGCAAGUCGGGCGCAAGCGAGUCAGGCGCAAGCGAAUCGGGCGCAAGCGAGUCGGAGGCAAGGGAAUCGGGCGCAAGGGAAUCGGGCGCAAGCGAAUCGGGCGCAAGCAAGUCAGGCGCAAGCGAAUCGGGGGCAAGCGAGUCGGGCGCAAGCGAAUCGGGCGCAAGCGAAUCGGGCGCAAGCGAAUCGGGCGCAAGGGAAUCGGGCGCAAGCGAAUCGGGCGCACGCGAAUCGGGCGCAAGCGAAUCGGGCGCAAGCGAAUCGGGCGCAAGCGAAUCGGGCGCAAGCGAAUCGGGCGCAAGCGAGUCGGAGGCAAAGGAAUCGGGCGCAAGGGAAUCGAGCGCAAGGGAAUCGGGCGCAAGCGAAUCGGGCGCAAGCGAGUCGGGCGCAAGCGAAUCGGGCGCAAGCGAAUCGGGCGCAUGGGAAUCGGGCGCAAGGGAAUCGGGCUCAAGGGAAUCGGGCGCAAGGGAAUCGGGCGCAAGCGAAUCGGGCGCACGCGAAUCGGGCGCAAGCGAAUCGGGCGCAAGCGAAUCGGGCGCAAGCGAAUCGGGCGCAAGCGAGUCGGAGGCAAAGGAAUCGGGCGCAAGGGAAUCGAGCGCAAGGGAAUCGGGCGCAAGCGAAUCGGGCGCAAGCGAGUCGGGCGCAAGCGAAUCGGGCGCAAGCGAAUCGGGCGCCUGGGAAUCGGGCGCAAGGGAAUCGGGCGCAAGGGAAUCGGGCGCAAGGGAAUCGGGCGCAAGGGAAUCGGGCGCAAGGGAAUCGGGCGCAAGGGAGUCGGGCGCAAGCGAAUCGGGCGCAAGCGAAUCGGGCGCAAGCGAAUCGGGUGCAAGCGAGUCGGAGGCAAAGGAAUCGGGCGCAAGGGAAUCGAGCGCAAGGGAAUCGGGCGCAAGCGAAUUGGGCGCAAGCGAGUCGGGCGCAAGCGAAUCGGGCGCAAGCGAAUCGGGCGCAUGGGAAUCGGGCGCAAGGGAAUCGGGCGCAAGGGAAUCGGGCGCAAGGGAAUCGGGCGCAAGGGAAUCGGGCGCAAGCGAAUCGGGCGCAAGGGAGUCGGGCACAAGCGAGUCGGGCGCAAGCGAAGCGGGCGCAAGCGAGUCGGGCGCAAGGGAAUCGGGCGCAAGGGAAUUGGGCGCAAGCGAAUCGGGCGCAAGGGAAUCGGGCGCAAGAGAAUCGGGCGCAAGCGAAUCGGGCGCAAGCGAGUCGGGCGCAAGCGAAUCGGGCGCAAGGGAGUCGGGCGCAAGCAAAUCGGGCGCAAGCGAAUCGGGCGCAAGCGAAUCGGGCGCAAGCGAAUCGGGUGCAAGCGAAUCGGGCGCAAGCGAAUCGGGCGCAAGCGAAUCGGGCGCAAGCGAAUCGGGCGCAAGGGAACCGGACGCAAGUGAAUCGGGCGCAAAAGAAUCGGGCGCAAGGGAAUCGGGCGCAAGCGAAUCGGGUGCAAGCGAAACGGGCGCAAGCAAAUCAGGCGCAAGGGAGUCGGGCGCAAGGGAAUCCGGCGCAAGUGAAUCGGUCGCAAGGGAAUCGGGCGGAAGGGAUUCGGGCGGAAGGGAUUCGAGCGCAAGGGAAUCGGGCGCAAGCAAGUCGGGCGCAAGCGAAUCAGGCGCAAGCGAAUCGGGCGCAAGCGAAUCGGGCGCAAGCGAGUCGGAGGCAAGAGAGUCGGGCGCAAGCGAAUCGGGCGCAAGCGAAUCGGGCACAAGCGAGUCGGGCGCAAGGGAAUCGCGCGCAAGGGAAUCGGGCGCAAGGGAAUCGGGCGCAAGGGAAUCGGGCGCAAGGGAGUCGGGCGCAAGCGAAUCGGGCGCAAGCGAGUCGGAGGCAAGGGAAUCGGGCGCAAGGGAAUCAGGCGCAAGCGAAUCAAGAGCAAGCAAAUCGGGCGCAAGCGUUUUGGGCGCAAGGAAGUCGGGCGCAAGCGAAUCGGGCGCAAGCGAGUCGGGCGCAAGCGAAUCGGACACAAGCGAAUCGGGCGCAUGGGAAUCAGGCGCAAGGGAAUCGGGCGCAAGGGAAUCGGGCGCAAGGGAAUCGGGCGCAAGCGAAUCGGGCGCAAGGGAGUCGGGCGCAAGCGAGACGGGCGCAAGCGAAUCGGGCGCAAGCGAGUCGGGCGCAAGGGAAUCGGGCGCAAGGGAAUCGGGCGCAAGCGAAUCGGGCGCAAGGGAAUCGGGCGCAAGAGAAUCGGGCGCAAGCGAAUCGGGCGCAAGCGAAUCGGGCGCAAGGGAGUCGGGCGCAAGCGAAUCGGGCGCAAGGGAAUCGGGCGGAAGGGAUUCGGGCGGAAGGGAUUCGAGCGCAAGGGAAUCGGGCGCAAGCAAGUCGGGCGCAGGCGAGUCGGGCGCAAGCGAAUCAGGCGCAAGCGAAUCGGGCGCAAGCGAAUCGGGCGCAAGCGAGUCGGAGGCAAGAGAGUCGGGCGCAAGCAAAUCGGGCGCAAGAGAAUCGGGCACAAGCGAGUCGGGCGCAAGGGAAUCGCGCGCAAGGGAAUCGGGCGCAAGGGAAUCGGGCGCAAGGGAAUCGGGCGCAAGGGAGUCGGGCGCAAGCGAAUCGGGCGCAAGCGAGUCGGAGGCAAGGGAAUCGGGCGCAAGGGAAUCGGGCGCAAGCGAAUCAAGAGCAAGCAAAUCGGGCGCAAGCGUUUUGGGCGCAAGGAAGUCGGGCGCAAGCGAAUCGGGCGCAAGCGAGUCGGGCGCAAGCGAAUCGGACACAAGCGAAUCGGGCGCAUGGGAAUCAGGCGCAAGGGAAUCGGGCGCAAGGGAAUCGGGCGCAAGGGAAUCGGGCGCAAGCGAAUCGGGCGCAAGGGAGUCGGGCGCAAGCGAGACGGGCGCAAGCGAAUCGGGCGCAAGCGAGUCGGGCGCAAGGGAAUCGGGCGCAAGGGAAUCGGGCGCAAGCGAAUCGGGCGCAAGGGAAUCGGGCGCAAGAGAAUCGGGCGCAAGCAAAUCGGGCGCAAGCGAAUCGGGCGCAAGGGAGUCGGGCGCAAGGGAGUCGGGCGCAAGCGAAUCGGGCGCAAGCGAAUCGGGCGCAAGUGAAUCGGGCGCAAGCGAAUCGGGCGCAAGCGAAUCGGGCGCAAGCGAAUCGGGCGCAAGCGAAUCGGGCGCAAGCGAAUCGGGCGCAAGCGAAUCGGGCGCAAGGGAAUCGGGCGCAAGUGAAUCGAGCGCAAGAGAAUCGGGCGCAAGGGAAUCGGGCGCAAGGGAGUCGGGCGCAAGGGAGUCGGGCACAAGGGAAUCGGGCGCAAGUGAAUCGGGCGCAAGGUAA